AUGACCUACCUCGACACCGCGCCCCACUGGUACCAGCCACCCCCGCGCACACCGCGCAGCCGGCAGGCGGCGGCCAACGCUCGUCCGCGUCUUGAAGACCUGCUUGCUACCCUUAACAUGACUCCCCCGGCUAUGAGCACAAGCGUCGAGGUGUCGCCGCCCCCGGCUCCUGUACCGGCUUGGGCUUCCCGCAAGCGAUUCACGGCGACAGUUCCGCCGCCCACGAGACACGAUCCCCAUCGUCAUGACCUUGCUUCAGCUAGCACAGGCGCCCCGCGCGGCGAGUCACAGCAAGCAGAGGCACCAUACCAGGCGGCUCGACAGGUGCUGGGUGCUGCUAGCCCUCAGCCUACACCUCCCCAGCUGUUCUCCUUCCCGCCUUUCGACCCUUUCCUUAAGUCUCCAACCCAGCGCUAUGCCCAGACCCCCAGGUGCGGUGAUGCGUCGCCUCACUCACUCUUACCGAUCACCCCGCCCCGUGACCCAGCGCCGACACUGAAGCCCGACGAGCGCGUGCCAGCGACUCCUCCCAAGCCGAUCUGUAUCCCUCUCCCCAUCCCCUUCCGUGCACCGAGGUGCAUUCCUAUCCCUAUCCCCUUCCGCACUUCGACCCCAGCGAGGCACACGACUGGUGCCAUCAUUCCUCCCCCAACGCUUCACGCUCCGCGCCCAGAGUACCCGGCUGCUCGGCGCAUGGUCAACCCCGUUGGUGGUGAGGCUUCCCCAUCGCUGUCGCCUUCACCGCAGUUCCCCAACUACGCCCGAACGCCAACUCCAGUGCGCGUCCCCCUCCCCUCGCUCAAGAGCAUGCUCGACAGCCAGCCAGAGACCAACCACGAGGAUCUCCAGUUCAGCCGCAGGAUCGCCGUCGCCAAAGCCAUCACGACCAUCACACAUUUCGGCCCCGCGUGGAAGAAGUCGUGCCUCUCCCUCAUCAAGGCGUACAUCGCCAGCAACCCCGAGGACGAGGACACGAUCAAGGAUGCCAUUGGGAGCAUCUGCGACACACGCUGCGCGUGCGUCCACCACUUGGCGCCGACCCACGGGGCCGAGGUGUACCUCCUGCCCUCCGGCUUUGUCGACUGCCGUUGUGGCUUCAUCCCGCCGCCGACGAAGCGUGUAUGA